ACACAAUUAUAAUAAUUAACAAUGGUUAAAAAAGUUCUUGAAAAGCUUUUAUUAUUUUAUUUUAUUUUUUAUUUUUUUUAAAAAAUAUUUAUAUAUCUUAAAAUAUGGAAUUUACUGUUAAAUUAUGUUUUGGACUUGUAUUAGUUUUAUUCAAUUCUAAUAGACUUGUAGAUGCUCUCUCUUGUCCUUGUCACAAUCUUCCGACUAAAUGUUCAACGCCUAUACCCACGGAUUGUAAAGGCGACAUAACUAAGGACGCUUGUGGAUGCUGCGAUGUUUGCGCAAAGGUGAAAGAUGAAGAGUGUGGGGGGCCAUUUCGAACAUCGGGCAAAUGUUCUAGUGGAUUCAUAUGUAAAUACGAAAGCUACACUGAGCCGCUUCAAUCAAAGGGGAUAUGCAUUACAGAAUACCCAAGAGAGGAAGGAGAGCCAUGCGGUGAAGUUUGGACACAAGGCCAAUGCAAACAAGGAUUCAUAUGUCAGCAGCCGGAUGAGUACAGCCUAGGGAUAUGCGUCAAAGAUUUAUUUUCUCAAAAAAGAAUAAGAGAAUAAAUAAAAGAAAUUUUUUAUUUAAAAAUUAUAAAAUAUAAUUACAUUAUUCAAAUAAUAGUGCUUAAUAUCAUUCACAAGCUUUCAGUAAAUAUUGUAUAAAACUAUUUCAACAAUCUUA